UCGUGUUUUGCGAGACUUGUUCGUGAGAGUUGGCUCGCUAGGCAACUCCCUAAACAAUCCAAAACAGUUUAGCUGAGCGGCCUUUUGUUAUUCUCUGUUAUUUAAUGGAACAGCCAUAAACAGAUUAAAGCUUGCAGAAGGGAACAGCUCAGCUUGAUAAGCUUACUGUGGUGAACCAUACCGCUCGAAGAGUGCAGAUAACCCGAUUAAAAAUCUUUGGUGUAUUUUGUGAAAACCGCCAAACACAUAAUAAUGGAAAGUGUGAUUCCAGCUGCUGGUGCUAAGCCAAAGUCUCUCCGCAGACCUAAACAUUGGUCAGAGGAAGUCGAGGAAGCCUACAGACUUCAGGUUGCUGGUUAUAGAGAUGCCAUGGAAUACAACACAGUCAAAGGAGAUAUCCAAAGAUGGCCGAAGUCGGGCUACAUUAAGAAACUCCAACGCAAAGAUGGCAACUACUAUUACUACAACAAAGGCCGGGAGUGUGCUGAUAAAGAUGUUAACAAGAUCAAGUUGUACACCUACUAAGUGGAGAUAAAUGGCUGGCCGUUUACUCAUUCACGAUAUGACAUGAACUCUAUUUUCACGUGCUAUUUAAAUUUCCACCUGUUUCAUAAAAUGGUUUAUUACUUUAUGUUAUGUUAUUGGCUUUAGCUUUAUUUAGGGUAACUCAAAAUGAGUUUUGGGGUGUUUUUGUUGCCGUUUGAUUUUGUUCACAGAGUUGAACUUACUAUUUUGUUGUUAUUGUAAGAUAGCUUCAUUAUAAGGUAACCACAAUAUAUUUGUGAGCUCAGCGAUACAAGGAAUAUUAAGUUGUGGCAACAGAAAAAUUUAACCUCAACAAAUCACAGUUCUAGUGUCUUUCAGUCACCGUACAUCGUACAUCAGGUUUUAGCCUUCCUGCCUACUGUCUGACCAUUAAAUAAUAUUGUCUUGUGUGGUUUUCACGGCUUUGGCUAACAGUGUCUGUUGGUACUUGAAUAUGGCUAGUUCAGCCAUCACCCAAGUAUAUCCAAUUGCCCUGAUUUUAAACAAAAAUGUUGAUGUACACUUACAGCAAGUUGGAAUAUGCAAACAAAGAAACUUAAAUUGCUGACUGGCGACAUUAGAGAAUGUGCUUUGUGCAUAAUUUGCUUGUAUUGUUUAGAAAUAAUUUUGUUCACUAAAACUACAUUAUUCAACAGAUCUAGGUAAAAUUUCAUUAGUGAAUCGGUUGGCCAUCAUCGUGAAGCAUAAAAUGACGGACACAUACAAAAAUAUGUUAACUGAAAUCUUUUUAAUUGAAUAACUUGAUAAUUUGUAAAUUUCUUGAUGUAUUGCUCAAGAAAUAUUUUUGUUAAAUUUCAUAUGAAUUUACGCAUUUACGAUACCUUGUGGUGGAAAUAAUUGUACCAGCAUAUUAUUGACCCCUCGAAGACACAGAUUGCCCCUCCACAAAAUGCGUGUCUACCAUUUCCACUAUUUUGGUGGUCAAUUUUGUGUAAAUUGUGACUCCCAAGAUGUGUGACGGAUAGGCGCAUGCAAGCAAACUGUGCUUCACGCUAGGGGCCAAUAGGUGAAAAUUGUAUUUACUAUGCUGAUAAUUGCUUAUAUUUAGAAAUAUUUAUUAAGAAAGGAUUUGGCUGUUGUAUAAAACCAGUGGCAACAAAUUUGUUCAAAGAUUUUCUUAAAAUUCACUUAAAUAUCCAUUUAUGAUAUGGAUUGAUUUCUAAAAAAAAGAUUUUAAAUUAUUUCCCCACAUUACUGAACCAAUCAGAAUGUUCGUUAUUUCUUCUGAUGACUCUUAUUUUUUUACUUGAGAAAAGUAACAAAACUAUGGAGUAUGAAGCUCUUUAAUCUGUAUACUUGUACUGUGUUUAACUGUAAGAAAUAGGCUAAAGCUGCUUACAUUUGUAAAUAAAAUUAAAUGAAGAACUUUUAAGCAAACAAAGAUUUGAUUAUCAUUAUUCCAUUUUGAUAGUUUUGGUGUGAAGUUUCAAACAAAACAAAUUAAAGGGGAUUGGGGGAAAAAAAUAAAAAUUCUCAGGUAUUU